AGCGACCAAUUGUGAUCCAUGUAGAGAAAUUCAAGCCUUCACACUCCAACAGGUAUGGAAAACUACAUGCUUGUCAGUUGUAGCAAGGCACAUACUCAAGAGUGUUCAAAGCUAAAAUUAAUGCGAACAAAGAAUGUGAGUUGAAUAAAUGACUGUUUUUAUUGGGUUAAGGCAGCAGGGCCAGGAACAGGAUUUGUAUUUGGGUGCUUCAUCGGUUGCUCCGUGGGCGAGGUUUCUGUAACUUUUGCUAGACCAAGCAGAAAUCUAAAUUUAAAAGCAUGGAGUCCGAUGAGACAAAACCUCUGCUUCCAGAGGAUUUCAACACAGAUAUGGUUGAUCUGGCACGAGUGCCUUUGGAAGAAGUAUUUGAGCAACUGAGAACCUCCAGAUCAGGACUGACAACCGAAGAUGGAGAGGCUCGUCUGCAAAUUUUUGGACCCAACAAGUUAGAGGAGAAAACUGAAAACAAGUUUUUGAAGUUUCUUAGUUUUAUGUGGAACCCUCUGUCUUGGGUCAUGGAAGCUGCAGCAAUCAUGGCUAUUGCUCUUGCUAAUGGUGGGGGCGAAGCUCCUGACUGGCAAGAUUUUAUUGGAAUUGUCUGUCUGUUGAUAUUAAAUUCAACAAUCAGUUUUAUAGAGGAAAACAAUGCAGGCAAUGCAGCAGCUGCUCUCAUGGCCAGUUUAGCUCCAAAAACUAAGGUUCUUCGAGAUGGGCAAUGGCAGGAACAAGAUGCUGCAAUUUUGGUUCCAGGAGAUGUUAUUAGCAUAAAGCUCGGAGAUAUUGUUCCUGCAGAUGCUCGUUUGCUUGAAGGUGAUCCUUUAAAAAUUGAUCAGUCGGCCCUGACUGGCGAAUCUCUUCCAGUGACAAAGAAGACAGGGGAUGAAGUCUUUUCUGGCUCAACAUGUAAACAAGGAGAAAUUGAGGCUGUUGUAAUCGCUACUGGUGUUCAUACAUUCUUUGGAAAAGCUGCCCAUCUUGUUGAUUCAACAGAAGUUGUUGGGCAUUUUCAAAAGGUCCUUACAGCAAUUGGUAACUUCUGCAUUUGUUCAAUAGCUGUUGGUAUGGUUUUGGAGAUCAUAGUCAUGUAUCCUAUCCAGCAUCGCUCUUACAGAAGUGGAAUCAACAAUCUCCUGGUUUUGCUAAUUGGUGGAAUCCCCAUUGCCAUGCCAACUGUUCUGUCGGUCACUUUGGCAAUAGGUUCUCACCGUCUGUCCCAACAGGGUGCAAUUACAAAGAGAAUGACUGCAAUUGAAGAAAUGGCUGGAAUGGAUGUUCUUUGCAGUGACAAGACUGGAACUCUUACUCUAAAUCGUCUAACUGUGGACAAAAAUCUUAUUGAGGUAUUCCACAAGGAUAUGGAUAAGGAUACAGUGGUCUUACUUGCAGCAAGAGCUUCUAGAAUUGAGAAUCAAGAUGCUAUUGAUGCUGCCAUUGUAAAUAUGCUUGCCGAUCCUAGAGAGGCACGAGCAAAUAUCACCGAAGUUCAUUUUUUCCCUUUUAAUCCGGUUGACAAACGAACGGCCAUUACCUAUAUUGAUUCUGAUGGAAUAUGGUAUCGUGCCAGCAAAGGAGCUCCAGAGCAGAUUCUUGAUUUGUGUGUGGAGAAAGCUGAGAUUGCUGACAGAGUACAUGCAAUAAUUGACAAGUUUGCGGAGCGAGGAUUGCGUUCCUUAGCUGUUGCAAUUCAGACUGUGCCUGAGCAAAGCAAAGAAAGCCCCGGGGAUCCUUGGAGGUUUUGUGGAUUGUUGCCACUAUUUGAUCCUCCCCGACAUGACAGCGCUGAAACAAUCCGCAGAGCUCUUAAGCUUGGUGUCUGCGUGAAAAUGAUUACGGGAGAUCAACUAGCAAUCGCUAAAGAGACUGGUAGGCGUCUCGGGAUGGGAACAAAUAUGUAUCCAUCAUCGUCAUUGCUUGGCCAUGUAAAAGAUGAAGUUACGGAAGUAUUGCCUGUGGACGAGCUGAUCGAGAAGGCUGAUGGAUUUGCUGGUGUCUUUCCUGAACACAAAUAUGAAAUCGUGAAAAAACUUCAGGAGAGAAAACACAUAUGUGGGAUGACAGGUGAUGGAGUCAAUGAUGCUCCCGCCUUGAAAAAGGCAGACAUUGGAAUUGCAGUGGCAGAUGCCACCGAUGCUGCCAGGGGUGCAGCUGACAUUGUUUUAACAGAACCUGGAUUGAGUGUCAUUGUCAGUGCUGUGCUUACAAGCCGUGCCAUAUUCCAAAGGAUGAAGAAUUAUACGAUUUAUGCAGUAUCUAUUACUAUUCGUAUUGUGCUUGGUUUCAUGCUACUGGCCCUCAUAUGGGAAUAUGAUUUUCCUCCCUUCAUGAUCUUGAUCAUAGCUAUUCUUAAUGACGGUACCAUCAUGACAAUCUCACAAGACAGAGUAAGACCAUCACCAGGGCCUGACAGCUGGAAACUAAAUGAAAUAUUUGCAACAGGAGUAGUAAUUGGCAGUUACCUUGCACUGAUAACUGUGCUGUUCUACUGGACUGUAACAAACACAACAUUCUUUGAGACACAUUUCCAUGUGAAAUCAAUAAGUAGUAACAAUGAACAAGUUACUGCUGCUAUUUAUUUACAAGUCAGCAUAAUCAGCCAAGCCCUUAUUUUUGUCACACGUUCUCAAGGCUGGUCCUUUACGGAACGUCCUGGGACUCUCCUUAUGUGUGCUUUUGUGCUAGCUCAACUGGUUGCAACAUUGAUAGCAGUAUAUGCACAUUGGGGGUUUGCUUCCAUAAAAGGUGCAGGAUGGGGAUGGGCUGGAGUAAUUUGGCUUUAUAGUGUGGUUUUUUACGUACCUCUGGAUAUCAUAAAGUUUGCAGUCCGUUACAGCCUCAGUGGAGAAGCUUGGGCAUUGGUAUUUGAGAGGAAGACCGCAUUCACCACAAAGAAAGACUACGGAAAAGAGGAUAGAGAAGCCAAAUGGGCAAUUGCUCAGAGAACUCUACAUGGACUUGUCAAUCCUGAAGCUACUACUUAUGGCAGACGGUCAUCAAUGAUCGCAGAGCAGGCCAGAAGGCGUGCAGAAAUUGCAAGGUUGAGAGAGGUGCAUACAUUGAAAGGACAUGUCGAAUCAGUCGUUCGAUUGAAGGGAUUAAACAUCAAUGCCAUUCAACAAGCAUAUACUGUCUAAUGAAAAUCAACCAUAUUGGGUAGGUGUCAAUCCUCGUUCAUAAGCUGGGGAGACUUCUGAACGACAUGAUUUUGUGUGACAAAAACAAUAUCUGACAAAGUUACAAUGGAGGAGAAUGCAUUUGAUCUGGCCUAGCAAAUAUUGGCAAGCUGAUGGAUUUUCCCACAAUGUAUCUACCCCAAAAUUACCCUGUCCAGAGGUUAAAUUUGUUGGGCAUAGAGAAAAUUCAUUAGGCUGAGUAAUAUUCCAUUUUCUCUGUAUUGGUUGAGAGUAUUUUAAGUCACGAGGUAGAGUUUUGACAUUCCAAUUCCCUUCCAGUUUUCAGCCUUUCCAUGUCAUUAAAUUAUUUGAUAGCAAUAAAAAAUGUUCAAUGUCUUUGGAUGCAUAA